UGAUGACGACAAUUUACGCAAUGAGUUGCAAUCGCAUCCUUAGACAGUUAGUAAUGUUGUCUAUUCUUAGUGCAUCAGUGUCAAUGGUAUAUGGUUAUAGUUAUGGCUAUAUACUAAGCAGAGGCUUUAUCCAACCUGACAAAAGCAAUUCAAUUUUAAUUUGUAAUCUAUAGCAGGAGCCAUACAGAGCACUACUCUUACCGUCAGUGGCACAGCUUACUAGCAGCAAUUGCACAUUUUCAGAAGUGCAGCCUGACCUACAACGACAUGACAGACUUUCGUUUGGAUUACUACUAAGAGCCGCAGUCCAAGUGUCCUAUGCCUUGGUGUCAUCACUUCACAAAGUUUGGAGGGGAUCAUUUGGUGGUCGCUGGCGGAAUAGAGAUUCAUGGGAACUGUAGUAAGUCUUCAUAAGUAAUGUCCGAGAGAAUUCCGACCACAUAGAAACGAGGACUACAACUACCAGAUGUUUGGUCCGGAGUUUCUGUAACAGAGGUGCAACAACUCCGAGAUCAACCCCGAUAUUCUUUGGAUAGCCGACUUGUAAUCACACUUGAGGAGUACGAAGGUCUCAUAAACAAACACCACAUUUCUCUUGUUUGUAGGCUAUAUCUCGGCAUGUCAGGGAGUGAUGAGGCGAGCGAGUCGGAGCAGCUCGGAUCGAGUCUGUCGAUGUGGCUCGGGGAGAGCGGUGGUGCACUCAUCCGGCCCGAGGAGUUGAACGUGCCCGUGGACCUACACACUGCGUGCUCCAUCGGCCAGUACGACGUCGUGGCAGAAUGUAUUCGCAGUGGGGAAGUGGAUCUGGACCACAAGAACUUGGGCGGCUGGGCGCCUCUGAUGUACGCCGCUUACAUCGGCCAUGACAACAUCGCAAGGCUGCUGCUGGAGAAUGGCGUGAGCGUCAACGCCAGCACCUCCAAGGGCCUGACCUCACUCAUGCUAGCUGCCAGCUGCGGGAAUGAGAGCAUUGCUAAAUAUUUACUGCAGCGAGGGGCGGAGCUCGAGCGAAAGGAUGCACGUGGUUGGACGGCCCUGCUGCACAGCACCAGCACCGGACACCAGCAGAUGGUGAAGCUGCUGCUGAACAACAAAGCUAACGCUAACACUAAGGAGCCAGGUUCAGGGUUCACCCCUCUGAUGGAGGCGGCCGCUGCGGGCCAUGAGAUCAUCGUUCAGUACCUGCUAGAUCAGGGUGUAAGAGCAGACGAGAGGAAUUCAAAGGGAGAGACAGCCAGAGUUCUGGCUAUGCUGUACGGACAUACCAAGAUUGCAAGCCUCAUAGACAAGCAUUCACUCAGAGUUAAAGGAGGUGCUCAUGAGGAGUUCAGCUCAUCAGAAGAGGACAGUAGCGCUUCUCCUCGGGCACGCUCCGGACGCCCAAGACCCCGGGGAGGACCCAGCAUCCACGACGGCCCUCAGCACAUAGCCCUGUUCAGGGUCGGGGGUGUGGAGACCAGCCGACACAGCGAGCCUGCGGCAGCACCACCUGACUACAUUGCAUGCCAAGAGGUGAGCGAGACAGGUGAUGAUGACCUCUGUAACCGUGAUGUCACUUCCCCUAUUAAUGAGCUGGACGGUCAGAGCAACAGCAGCAGAGAUGAGUUCUUUGAUAACGACAUGCCCACCCUGCGCAGCAGCAGCAGCAGCAGUGAGUGUUUGCCCCGCCUCCUGGGGCUCAGCCGAGAGGCCUCCCUCGAGAGCAACGAGGACUCGGACCAGGCCAAGAGGAGUUGUCCCCGGCGCUCAAAUAAGCUCCAUCACUCCAAGGGCAAGAUUCGCCAUGGUAACAGUGAAGCAGCAAACCCAAGUGAUUCAGGAAGUCAACCGCCAGCUUACCCGCCCUCCUACACGGGCCCUAAGGACCUGGCAGGGUUCUUGGAGCAGAUUGGCUUCAGUAAGUAUCUUUCCCUGUUGGAGGAGCAGGACAUUGACCUGCGGAUUUUCCUCACACUCACCGAGAAUGACCUAAAGGAAGUGGGCAUUACUCUGUUCGGCCCAAAGCGUAAGAUGACGUCGGCGAUUGCUCGUUGGCAUAGUAACGCACGGCCGCCCAGUGACGCCCUAGAGCAGUCCUACGCUGACCAACUGGAGGCCGAAAUGCAGGAGAUGGCCAUCCAGCUGCACAAGCGCUGCAUGGCGGUGGAGGCGCUGCAGGGCCAGGUGGCCCAGGAGAAGGAGCUGCGCGCCGUGAUGGAGGGAUGUCUGAUGGAGGAGAGGAUGGGCUGGAGGAACGUCAGGGCCGAGCUGCAGGAGAACCUGCGGAACGCUGCAGAACUUGCCGGAACGCUGCACACGCUCCGUGCCUGCCAGGGCCAGCUGCAUGCACAGCUGAGUGACGACAGGACAGAUAGUUCCAGUGAGGUGUUAGCAAAGAUGGAGACUUGUGAGGAUGACUUGGCCCACAAGCUUCAGGCAUUGUCGCUAAGUCUCGGGCGUCUCAGUACGGAAAGACCAGGGAGUUUGGAGGAGUCUUAGCAGCACAAGGACAAGAUACACUGGCUGAGGAUGAGCCUCAACCCCCUCCCACCCUAAACACAAGAAGAAGAACGAGUGACAGAGAGCAUCCUAGAAGAGGGGAAAAGGAAGUAAUGAGAGGACCAUCAGAAAAGAUGGACAAAGAGAGUGAGAUUGAAGGCAGCCAAUGACAAACCGGCAGAUGGCUUUUCUGCUCUCUUUUACACCUGUGCACUUGUUACACGGGACCAAUCACAGUGAGGACAGCAUCCUGGGUGUGCCAAAAGGACCAAUCACAGUGAGACCUCGCAUAGAGGGGCGGGUCCAAAUAGACUUUCCCCAGUUGGAAAUUUGGGUCUGCAUGGACAGACGUGAACACUAACAGUUACUGACUUGUACACACACACACACACACACACACACACACACACAGAUACACACACACACACACACCACAGGAGUUGGACAUCAGUUCUGGGAAAUCAAACCUCUGACAAUCAGCAAACGCAUGAAUUGUUUAUUGUUUUUUUAAAUGACUCAUAUAAAAUAAGAUUAUUAUUAAUAAUAAUAAUAAUAAUAAUUGGUUUGGGACAUAAGUGUUUUUAAAUGUGCUAUAUUAAUGUACAACAGUGAAUCAAUUUCCAACACGUGGAACAUGAAAUCCUUGAAUAGUAGAAAAAUAAAUUAAUAUAAUAAUAA